GAGAAUUGCAGAGGAAAAGAGAAUUGCAGAGGAAAAGAGAAUUGCAGAGGAGAAGAGAAUUGAGGAAGAGCGUAUCGCCGAAGAACAGAGACUUGAAGAGGAAAGGUUAGCCGCUCUUAAGCCAGAUCCACUUUUCGCUACCCGGGAAAGACCCGAACCCAUGUAUCCUACAGACCAUGAAAGAGCACCUGGGAUCACAGGCAUGGCUAAAGAAUUCGAGUCUAUUUAUUUUGACACCGAAGAUAGUCUUGAAUUGACCUCAUAUCAUCUGAAGGAUAUUGAAGAAGAACUCAGAUUCCAGGAAAGAUCCCGUUUUAUUAUAAAGAAUUUGUCAUAUUUAGAAGAUGAUGAAUAUCAAUGGAAGAUGAUUGAUAUGUUUGACACAUCAAUGAUGAUGGAUACUUUGAACAACGAUGCUUUGAAAGCAGACGAGGACUUGCGCUCACUUUUUGAUUCUGUCACUUCAUUAUUAGAAUCUACUGAUAACUUGAAACUAGACGAGAUUAAAUCUUGUUUAAAAGACGAUGAGGUGAACCCUGAUGCUUUGGAUUCCAUCAAGCAGUCACUGCAAGACGAUGUGAAGAAGCAAGCAAAGGAAUUAGAAACCAAGGCAACCAAUAGCAAAGAAGACCUGAAAGCUUUGGAGAAACAAAUUGAGCUGUAUAAACAAGACCUGCAGUCGAUUAAGUCGAACGAAUUUGAUGAAAGCAAAAUUACAGCAUAUGCAUUACGUCGAACCAUUCGUGAUAUCGAAAAAUCCAUCAGUGUUCAAAGUAACAAAAUUAGUUGCUUAGAACAAGAGGAGUUAGCACUUCGUUUAAAAAAUAAUACAGCUGCUCGAAUCAGUUCCCCUUUGGAAUCACAGAGAGGAGCUUUCGGAAAACAAGUGUAUCUAAGUCUGCAAAAGUUUGGAAAACCAUUAGCUGCAUGAAUUAUCCAUUACUAAAUCCAUUCCUGUACAUUUGUAACCACAAUUUUAAUUAAAAAAAACUGCACAUGUUCAUGUGUAAAACCUUCAUUUAAAUUUUUUUAAAACAAAAAUGAACGGUCUUGAUGUUAUCUAGCUAUAAUAAAGCGAUGUCAGCUUGAUAAAAGGUCGUACCCAACUUUUGGAUGACAAUGCAAAUUGGAUGUCGUACAUGCAAAAGAUAAAUAGUCCACACAAAUUGGGGAAUCCAU